GUUCCUUUUUUCUUUCUUGAAUACACUAUCUUUUCUUCCCCUAUUUUAUACAACAUAGAUGACCCAAUAUUCUGCUUUUUUUUAUGGCUCACUCAUGUCAAAGGUCGUACUUUCAAGAGUUUUAUGCGGAACUAAAGUUUCUCAGCAUGAUGAAAGUCUUAAAAUGAAUUCUGUAAAGCUUGUGCCUGCCACUUUGAAGGGGUAUACAAGAUCAUCGUUAAAAGGCGAAGAAUACCCUGCCAUCACUCAGACUGAGGGUCAAGGCAAAGUAGAAGGUGUCCUUGCACAAGGUCUCACAGAGACAGAUAUCAAAGCCCUUGAUAUAUUUGAAGGCGAUUGGUAUCAACGCAUCCCGGUUCAAGUAACAUCCGAUGAAAAUGGUACCACAUUUGACACCAACGUUUAUCUUUAUGUGGGGGACAUGCAGCUACUUACCGGAACUGACUGGAGUUUCCAGCAGUUUCUGGAAUCCGGCAAAGAGCAAAAAUGGUUAGAUGAUCGCUGUGAUUUUUUUGACGUUGAUAACUUUCAUCAUGCCUCUUAAAUUAUAUUUUGGCCGAGAAUUAGGGAUCGUAGUACUGACUGAGAAAAUCAAGUUAAUCAUGUCAAUAAAUAAAAAAGAUCUUCUUGAGUGGGUGACCAAUACGGGUCAUCCAGCCCAGAAAAAGUCACUUAAAUAUGACCAGCGGUUUACAUCAUUUGAUUGACAAUGAGGAAUGCUGCAAGUAUGUACAUUGGAGCUGGUGUCGUGUUUUCAGUGUUACACGAAACACUCAAGCAAAUCAUGCAUACCUUUUUUUUUUUAAAAAAAAA